AUGUCACUCACUACGCGCCUCUCAAUUUUCAUCACCCUUAUCGCCCUCACAAUCUCAGCCCUAGCCGCCGACAGCAUCCUCCCCACAUCAGCCUCCAGUAAAUUCCCGCAAUGCGGCCUGGCCUGCACCACCCUGACAACCGCGCAGACCUCCUGCGAAGCAGGCGACCCCUCAACCUGGACAUCAUGCUUCUGCCAGUCAGCUUUGCUCACCGGCCUUAAAUCCUCCGGCAGCAUCUGCUCCUCCUGCGCCGCCGCUGACCAAACCACUCUUUCAACCUGGUACAACAGCUACUGCAACUCCGGCGGCAAGGAUACAUCCGACACCGACACUGGCGCUGACACCGGCACCACAACAACCAAAACCUCAACCGACCCAGUCUCUACACCUGAUACCUCGAAAUCCGAGUCCGGGUCCAACGCAAACACGAAUAAAACCCCCGCCGCUGCAGAGAAGGAAGAGUCAUGGUGGAGUUCCCACUACCGUUGGGUCAUCAUGCUCAUUGUCCUGGUCAUCGGAUUCACCAUCAUCGCCGUCGUUGGUGUAUGGUUCAAGCGUCGCUACGAAGCCAAACGGCCCAAUCUCUACGGCGGCGGUAGCAGCGGCAUGCUAGCAGCUUCCCCGCCCGCUCCGCGCGAUGCCGCCUGGGGUCCGGGUCCGGGUCCGCUGCCUGUCUCGACCGGCCUUACUCCUGAAUCUCUCGCUAGCAGCUCCCGCUCUACUAUGGCGAAGACUAGCACUCCUGUUCCCGGGGCUCGGACACGAUUGACGAAGAUCGAGCAGGGCUCUGGGGAUGUGGAGAUUCGGCAGGUUUAG